CGCUAGAUUGUUGCCCUCGAUGAUGUGAUUGGUCUCGGCUCAGCAUCAAGCCUCCAGAGCGGACUGUGCCCCGUGGAGAGAAGGAGCGGAGCCGCUGUCUUUCUGUGAACGUUUUAGCCGCUCCACUUUGUUUACGGUGUCGUAGCUUGAAGGGCGGUUCACCGGGGACCUUCGGGUGCUUUCCGGACAACAGUAAAGCUCAAGGGAAUUUCGCCGUAGAAGAGCAGAGAGGAGGUUUGGAGGAUGAACCCCCCGUGUGCCCGCUGCGGGAAGAUCGUUUACCCGACGGAGAAAGUCAGCUGCCUAGACAAGAACUGGCACAAAGGAUGUUUCCACUGCGAGGUGUGCAAGAUGACCCUGAACAUGAAGAACUACAAAGGUUAUGACAAGAAACCCUACUGCAACGCACAUUACCCCAAGACAUCAUUCACCAUCGUGGCCGACACGCCAGAAAACCUGAGACUGAAACAGCAGAGUGAGCUGCAGAGCCAGGUGAAGUAUAAGAAGGAUUUUGAGGAGAGUAAAGGUCGAGGCUUCAGCAUUGUGUCUGACACUCCUGAGAUGCAAAGACUCAGACGGACUCAAGAGCAGAUCAGUACUGCCAAGUACCACGAGGACUUUGAACGGGCGCGUGGCCGAGGCUGUACCCCGGGACUGGAUGACCCCAGCAUGGAGCGCUACCACAGAGCCAAUCAGAUGAUGGGAGAGGCAGGCUACAACAGAGGGAUCCACCCCCAGGCGACGGACAUGGACAGACGACCAGGAGGCAUCAUCGUAGCUCCUGUCCUCCCUGGAGCGUACCACCAUCAGGGUGUCCAGAUGCAGCCGCAGCAGUAUCACGGCUACAUGCACCAAACCAGCAUGUCAUCUGUCAGAUCCAUCACCUCGCCACCACACUCAGGCACCACGCGUGUUUAUCGGGCGCUGUACGACUACGCUGCUCAAGACCAUGAUGAGGUCUCUUUCAGGGAUGGCGAUGUCAUCAUCAAUGCUCAGCCCAUUGACGAAGGCUGGAUGUACGGGACUGUACAGAGAACCGGCAAGUCCGGCAUGUUGCCGGCAAACUACGUGGAGUGUUGCAACUAGAGUAGACAGGAACCGGUGGGAAUGAGAGGAAAGAGAAGUCGAGCAGAGGCAAAUGAAAUGAAGUUCACCCUCACUGUUACACAAUCAGUAGUGAUGUUCACGACAUUUCAGUUUGUUCACAGGUGUGGUGUUUUGUUUUCUUCUGAGGAAAACUGGCAAAAUGUUGAUACAGCAAUGUCAUGUCCAGAUGUUUCCAGCUGCUUCGCUGGAAUUUGAAUGCAGAAAAUAAUUCACAGAUCAGAAAAUUGUAACAGUCAAAAGCUAGGGUUUCAUUUAAACAAACAAGGUUACAAAUCAACAGUCACAGAACAGUUGGCUAUAUUUUUGCUCACUCACCCACCGUUGAUCAAAAACAGGUUCCUGAGUCUCCUCUAGUUUGGGAAAUGAAUAUCAGACUGUCAGGUAACGGAAGAGCUCAGGCUGCAGGUUUCUUAGUUAAAGAAGUGAAAGGAAAGAAGACGCAGGUGGAGGGAUAAAUCUCGCAUGCUUUCACUACGUUCCAUUAUUUUACAACUAGAACUGAGAUGCAUGAAGAACGGAGGCAUGAGAGAUUUAGAGAUUAUAGGAGACAUGCAAAUUAGGGUGAGCAUAGGUGUAGAUUCUUCAGCUUUAUAACAAGAGGAAGGAAACAAGGAUGGAGGUUUAUUAACGGGUUCAUGGCCCACAACUUAAAUUCUUUUAAAAUAAAGUGAAAACUGUGAGUUCAUUUGAAUUAUCAGGUUCUGGGUGCAUUAAAUGACAAGACUGGUGAUAUUCUCUAUAUGUUUCUCUAGUUAACAAAUCCCAAACUAACAGAGAAUGUGUCCUAAUAACAACUGUUUCCUGAUUGACAUUACUCCUGUACCAUAAAGCUCCACUGAGGUCCAAAACAAAAACUCAAAUCCUGCACACUGUCAGCACUUAAAGUAAAAAUAUUAGCCAAGCAGCCUUCACCAGGCAUCUCAUACAGCACAUGACAACGCGCCUGUAUGUGAAAGCAUCCAACCAUGCAUCCACAAAGACAAUCGACGAUUUCCGGAGGGGGGGCAGGGAACUAAAUAGAAAAGUCCCACAUCUGGUCUCCCACCAGUGUAAUUACAGUAAUUAUUGGGGAGACUUUAGAGUAAAUAGAAAAACCAUUUACCAGGAGACCCAGAAAUGUUCUGUGUGAAUGUGCAAACAGAUGCUCUGUUAUUUGCAAGAUUACAUGACUGAAAUAUAGUGAUUUUAUUUAUUUAUUUUAUUUAUUUACCUUAAGUGCUGACGUGAUGCAGGAGAAUUUUUUAUGGAUUUUGCAUUUUUAUUUUUGUUUUACUGGUGUACAAAGAUGGCUCAUUCAGCAACGUUGUCCAGAAACUAGUAAAAAACAGUUAGUGACCACACUUCUGGACUGAGUGAUGCGUUCCUUCAUCACCAUUCACCAACACUGUUGUUGAUUCUGACUCGGCCCCAGAUAUGGAUUCAUUCACUGUUGAAAAUAAACCCCCACCAAAUGCACUGUUUGAUUGCUACAAGCUGCAGUGACCAGCUACCACAGGAAAUCACUAAGUCUUCAAAAAAAAAAACAACUAUAUAUAUUUGUGAGUUGUUUUAAAAGAUUUAUGUUUUGGGUAGGAACAAAUAUGCUGGCUCUUUAGAAACAGACAAACUGGUUUUGGUCUUUUUCUGGGAUUUUCUGACAAGAAGAAAACUACAGGAUAUCACCAGACUUUUCCUUUAAGAAUGGUGGAGAAAAUAAGAUGUGCAAAGUAAGGAGGAACAUUUCUAUGUGACUUCUGUCUUUGAGAGAUGAGUUUGAGAAAAGGAAUAGGGAGGAGAGAGUGAUGGCAAGGAGGAAAAGUGGCUCUCUUCUUUGGGAAUAAUGCAGCCAAAGGAAAGAGAGGAUGGAGGGAUUCAUGAAGGAAUUAAUGACAGUAACAAAUUAACAGAACAAGGUUUAAAGAUCUCUCAAGUUCAGUCAUUUAUCCGGAGUUUUACUUCCUGUUCAGGUGAGUGUAGUUUAGUUGAUAUGCAGCUCGGCGUUGGUUUUACACAGCAGCGUGUUUGUAAAGGACUUAACACACUGUGUUGUUGGAUUUGUUGUAUCGAAUUAUUUUUGAGCAUAAAAGUUUUCACAUCUCGUGUUGUCACCACACACGGGAACACUUGCUGUGGACUGAAAUCUGAACAGACUGUGUGAGGAUAUCAGGCCUUCUGUAUGUUGCAGACUACUUUGAUACACGGGCACCUAUGUUUUGAAAAGAUAUAGUUUACUCUUCUACCUGUGUGUAUCCAGUAAGUCGUGUGUUUAGGGUUUGUUGUCUUGCUGUGUGUGUUGCAUCCUGGUCAUGUAUCAAAUAAAAGCUUUGCCAUGAUUUGUUAUUCUAGCUGGAGAGGAUUUGGAUGUUUCAUCUCAGACACACCAGAUACACUAGAAUAGAAUUUACUGAAUAUGCAUAUGUUAACUGUUGAUUUUUGAAGUUGUACUUGCAUUUUAUAAAUCCUUGCAUUAUAAUUUUUUGACUUCUAAUAUCACCAUUGUAAUAUUUUUUUGAUUUAUUCUGUAUGUCAUUGCUUAUACUAGAUUUAUUUCCAUAUUAUAUAUCACUGAUGUUUUUGCCAUGUAUAAUUGUGUUUGAUG